AUGAGCGUACACUCCAACGUGCCCUGGUCGCAGAGCCCGGAACCGGUGCAGCUGAUCGUCGAGCGGAUACCGGACGGUUUUUCGCCGAACAACUCGAGUGAAUUCAUCCUCGGCAGCAAUAAGGGAACCAGCCGCUGGUAUCGACAGGGCUGGAUGCCGCUGCUGCUGAUUUUUGUCGUGUUGUUCGGCUGCACAAUUUUCGCUGUCGUCGUGUCGAUCAUUAUCGCGUCGCAGCGCCUCUCCGCCUACCACCACUUUUACCCGGAUGGA